GCGGGGCGGGGCGUGCGCGGCCGGGGCGAGUGUCCGCCGCCCGCGCUCGAGUCCGCCGUCCGCAGCCGGAGCCGCACCCGCCGCGGUCGGAGCCCAUGCACCGGGGGAGUCGCGCGCUCCGGCCCCCGCCCCGGCCCCGGGGGUAGUCGUGCCUGUGAGCGGUGGGACAGGAGGCGGCCGCAGCGCCGCGAGCCGCGGCCCCGGAGCGAUGACCGAGUAUAAGCUGGUGGUGGUGGGGGCCGGCGGCGUGGGGAAGAGCGCCCUGACCAUCCAGCUCAUCCAGAACCACUUCGUGGACGAGUACGACCCCACCAUCGAGGACUCCUACCGGAAGCAAGUGGUCAUUGACGGGGAGACGUGUCUGCUGGACAUCCUGGACACGGCGGGCCAGGAGGAGUACAGCGCCAUGCGGGACCAGUACAUGCGCACCGGCGAGGGCUUCCUCUGUGUGUUCGCCAUCAACAACGCCAAGUCCUUCGAGGACACCCACCAGUACCGAGAGCAGAUCAAGCGGGUGAAGGACUCGGACGACGUGCCCAUGGUGCUGGUCGGGAACAAGUGUGACCUGGCUGCGCGCACCGUGGAGUCUCGGCAGGCGCAGGACCUCGCCCGCAGCUAUGGCAUCCCCUACAUUGAGACUUCCGCCAAGACGCGCCAGGGCGUGGAGGACGCCUUCUACACGCUGGUGCGCGAGAUCCGGCAGCACAAGGUGCCCAAGCCGAGCCCGCCAGACGAGGGCGGCCCCGGCUGCAUGAGCUGCAAGUGCCUGCUCUCCUGACGUCCCCGCGCGGCCUGUGUGCCCACCCCGCACAGGAGCCCCGGAGGUGCCGGAUGCUGGGAGGAGGGGAAGGAAGGAAGGAAGGAAGGAAGGAAGUACUGCCAGAGCCUGGCCAUCCAGGGCUGGGGGACAGAGUGACCGCGGACCUCCCAGGACGCUUUGCACAGACUGGAGAACUGAGGCCGCCGGCCCCAGCCGCGCCUCUAUUUGCAGCCCGUCCCGGCCCCCUGGGCGCAGGUUCAGUUGCAGUAAAUUAUUUGAUGGUCUUGA